GGCGGAGGCCGGGCCGGGCAAGUUUGUUCCCCGAGUUCGGAGCCCAGGAGCCCCCGCGGCUGUCGCGCAGGUGCCCUCCGCCGGGGUCGGGAUGGAGUUGCCGGUCGUGAACUUGAAGGUGAUUCUCCUGGUUCACUGGCUGCUGACAACCUGGGGCUGCAUCGUGUUCUCAGGCCCCUACGCUUGGGCCAACUUCACCAUCCUGGCCCUGGGCGUGUGGGCCGUGGCACAGCGGGACUCCCUUGAUGCCAUAGGCAUGUUCUUGGGAGGCUUGCUGGCCACCAUCUUCCUGGACAUCGUCCACAUCAGUAUCUUCUACCCAAGGUCCAGCCUCUCAGACACAGGCCGCUUCAGUGCCGGGAUGGCCAUCCUCAGCCUGCUGCUCAAGCCCUUCUCCUGCUGCCUGGUCUACCACAUGCACCGUGAGCGUGGGGGUGUGCUCCCCUUCCACACCGAUUUCCCUGGGCCUCAGGAGCACAGUGCCUACCAGACGAUUGACUCACCAGAGGCACCAGCAGACCCCUUUGCAGGCCCUGAGGGCAGGAACCAAGCCACCUCCCGAGGAUACUGAAGCCCCCAGCUGCAUUGCCUUCAGAUGUCCUGUCCUGCUGCUCUUGGACCUAAGGUGGACUGUCUUCUCUUCCCUUACUGGGCUGCCUGAAUCAAGUAGCCAUGGAGACCAGGAGCCCCCAUGGCUUCCCAGCCUUGGGAACACCCUGGUCCUCCCCUCCUUUUAUGGCACUCCACUGCCCCAGGCUGAAACUGUGGUCUUUCUUCACCUCCCACCCUAUAAGCUCACCAUGCAGGCCCCAACCAAGUCCUGCUGGCAUGGCUGGGUUUGGCCUGUAAGGGUCAGCGAUGAGCAGCCCUUUCCACAGCAUCCCCAGGUCAGGGAGUCCUUCCAUGGGAUUCUUGAGUGCUUCUGGUCCCACUGAGCUUUGAACCCUGUCUGGCAUGGGAGUGAGGUCCCCAUGCCUCUCACUGCCCGGUCACUUGGUGUCUGGGAACCCUGGACUUCAAGGCAAGAGGUGUCUGCAGCCUCUGAGACCCACCAUGGCCCACGGCUGCCCCUCUCAGAGCCUUGGCAUUAAAGUUAGGCGAUUCUGUGGCUGAGCUUGUCUGAGCCAUAUUUAGUCUCCCAGCCGGGGUCCGCCUUGCCAUUUCUGGUUUCUUCUUAGAACCCCAGGUGGAGCCUAGACUGAGCCACCUGCUCUGAGGUGGCUGGAGGAGGCAGGGGCUCCUGCUGGGCCUGACCAGAGCCUACUCCAGCCAAGCCAAAGCCACUGCAGAGGAGGGCACUGGUUAUUGUGGCACAGGGACCUCAUUCCUCCAAGUCAGAUGACCUGGGCAUUGGUUUAAAUCCUGCUGUCACUCAGCAGCUGUGUGCCUUCAUUGUCUUCUAAAAAGGAUCAGUGCCUGCUCAGAGGUAGUUGUAAAGUUCAGUGGCAAGGUGACACUGAACAGAAGUGCAAGUGGCAGCAGAAUUAACUCCAGUGAGGUUGCUUCUUCAGCCUGGGGUAAGCCUCUGCCACAGAACUGACCCUUCCCAGAAGCUCCUGAGAUCCCAGGGCCAGGGUCCCCCACUGUGCUGGACUGGCCAUUCACAGUGCUUUUCUGUCCCCUGGGUCCCAGGUGCCUGGACUUUGCCAGGGGCACAGCCCCCACCAUUGUGUAGCCAUUUGUCAGUCAAAAGAGGCCUAGUAGCUGCUAGGUGCCUGGCAAGGGUCUGGGGCCCCCCAUGGAGGCCUGGAGGCCUGCUCUUAGGGGACCAACACCUGAAGUCUAAGCAAGAGCCUGUAAGAAGGAACAGAGGCCUGGGAGGGGCGGGGGGCGGGGGAUGGAGAACACACUGCCCUGGGGCCUAUCGAGGCUGAAUGGCUGCAGUUGUAAAAGACUGGAAACAGCUUUGCUGGCAGGAGGUGGAAGUGAGCCCUGGUCCAUUCAUUUUGCAAAACACCAGUGGGCAGUUACAGCGAAUAAACCAACCUGUUAGAGUCAAUGCUGCCAUCCCCAAUGUAUACAAACAGGUUGCAGAAUGGCAUGUGAACCUCAGCAGUGCUGUAUUUUGUCCUGGGACAAAUGUGUGUCUGUGUGUGUACAGUAAAGUACUAAAACAUAAGUUAGAAGGACACAUGUCAAGUUCAUAAUUGCAGCAGCCUUGGGGGCAGAGGCAUGUUGCCUGAGGGGAAUGAGGAAAAACUCAGGUCGGUUUCUCUAGUAUUUUGGGUUCUUGGCUUGAGGAAGGCCUGUGGUGUGCGAGCCUGUGCUUCUGUCGCGAGUAGGGCAGCCUUGCAAAGGGAAUGAGAAGGUGAAGGAGGGGCUUGGCCUGGGAGCAGGUCAUUGAACCUGAGCUAGGCAAAGAGGAUAAUAUGUUGAGAGACAGCACCUCAUAGUCCCAGACCCCCAGGUCUGACUACUCUGGGAUGGAGGCAGAGGAGGGCUCCCGUCUCUGGAACAAUUCCUCAAGAGCAGACUCAGGUGAGAGUUAGGGAGCCAGGAUUUCUCAGUCACUGGCCAAGUGCUGCUCCAGGGAUGGGGAGGGCGACUUAAAACUUUCAGACCUGUGGCUCCAGGAGCCUGGGAGGGACAUCAGGAAAGGGCUGCCCUCUCCACAAAGCAGCCCCACUGCAAAAAGAGCAUCUAACAUUCAACAAAAGGCCAAGCCUGCAGGGAGCUGGGUGGAGUGCUUGAUGCUGAGGUGGCAAUGAGGGGAAAAGGCACUAACUCCAUAGUGCCAGACUGCUUUGGGGUAAGGGGUAUCAAGCAUAAAUUUCUGAUACAUUUUGGAGGCAAAGCAGCAAGAUUUGCUGAUGAGCUGGAAGGAGGAGGAAGCAAGGAGUCAUUUAUGGCCGGGUUGAGGUCUGAGCAGGUGAAGACAGGAGCAGCUGUGAUUGGGGGACAGUCACAUGAGGGCUCAGGGCGCUCCAGGAGCUCAGAUUUGGACGGGCUUUACUUGCACUAUGGGGCUUUUCAACCAGCCGUCCUCAACACCAUAUUCCUUGUGUGCUACAAGUCCCUGUGUCUGUGGGGACUUGGAAGUAAGACACCCCUUAGGUUUUAGUUUACACUGGUUACCAUUCUAGACAUCAUAAAACUCCCCCGGUCUCUGGUUGCGUCUCACACCUUGGACUGGAGAGCUGAAAUGACUUGUCCAGUUGGAAAUCUGUUUCCUGUUUGCACCAAGCUCAGUCUUCCAGGGAAUGAAGCUGGAGAUACUGCCUCAGAGGUCUUUGCGUCCUCCAUCAGAACAGCCCCAAACUCCCAGCUCUCACAGCCUGUCUCCAAACCCACUUGAGCAAGCGAGCCUUGGUUUGAAUCCUAAAUGUACCCUGUGACAGUCUGAAUCUCACUGGGCCUCAGGCCUCAGAGGUCUCUGCGUCCUCCAUCAGAACAGCCCCAAACUCCCAGCUCUCACAGCCUGUCUCCAAACCCACUUGAGCAAGCGAGCCUUGGUUUGAAUCCUAAAUGUACCCUGUGACAGUCUGAAUCUCACUGGGCCUCAGUUUCCUGAUCUGAAGAAUAGGGAUGAUAAUCCUGCCUGACUGGGGGACUGGUAAGGAUGGAAAUGGUGUGAUGUAAGUGUUUAAUAAAUGUCCAUCUCUGUUGCCUGUGUUGUUAUGG